AACAAGGCAUUCAACGAAGCAAAAAACUCCCUGCUUCCUCAGACUUUAUACGCCUCCACACCGAAAAAUACCAAAGCCAUGUCGGCGGCGCAGCUUCUAAACCCCAAGGCCGAGUCCAGGCGGCGGGGCGAGGCUCUGAGAGUCAACAUCAGCGCCGGUGAGGGACUACAGGAUGUCCUCAAGUCGAAUCUUGGUCCCCUUGGGACCAUCAAGAUGCUUGUCGACGGCUCGGGACAGAUCAAACUCACAAAAGAUGGAAACGUUCUACUUCGCGAAAUGCAAAUACAAAACCCCACAGCCGUUAUGAUUGCGAGAGCUGCCACAGCACAGGACGACAUCUGCGGCGAUGGAACAACCUCUGUUGUGCUCCUUGUGGGCGAGCUUCUGAAGCAGGCGGAGAGGCAUAUUCAGGAGGGCCUGCAUCCUAGAAUCAUUGCGGACGGUUUCGAAAUCGCGAAAAAUGAGGCUCUGAAGUUCCUCGAUGGCUUCAGGAUCCCUCGCGAUAUCGACCGUGAGCUUUUGAUCAGCGUUGCCAGGACUUCCCUGGCGACCAAGCUCAACUCGACCCUUGCGAACAAGCUUACUCCUGAUAUUGUUGACGCUGUCCUUGCCAUCUACAAGGCACCAGCAAAGCCUGACCUGCACAUGGUGGAGAUCAUGAAGAUGCAGCACAGGACAGCUUCUGACACGCAAAUGAUCCGCGGUCUUGUUCUUGACCACGGAGCGAGGCACCCCGACAUGCCCAAGAGGUUGGAGAAUGCGUAUAUUUUGACCCUGAAUGUUGGCCUGGAGUAUGAGAAGUCGGAGAUCAACUCUGGAUUCUUUUACAACAGCGCCGAACAACGCGACAAGCUCGUGGAGAGUGAGCGCAGACACGUCGAUGCCAAGCUGAAGAAGAUUGUGGAGCUCAAGAAGGAAGUGUGCGGCAACGACCCAAAGAAGAGCUUUGUUAUUGUCAACCAGAAGGGUAUUGACCCCCUUUCCCUUGACGUUCUAGCCAAGAACGGCAUCUUUGCUCUGCGGAGAGCCAAGAGGAGAAACAUGGAGCGUCUCCAACUUAUUGCCGGAGGUGUGGCUCAGAACAGUGUUGAGGAUCUUUCGCCCGACGUUCUCGGCUGGGCUGGCCUGGUUUAUGAGCAGCAGUUGGGAGAGGAGAAGUACACAUUUAUCGAGGAGGUCAAAGACCCCAAGUCGGUUACGUUGCUUAUCAAGGGCCCGAAUGCGCAUACCAUCACUCAAAUCACAGACGCUGUCCGGGAUGGCUUGCGAAGUGUCUACAACACUAUUGUAGACAAGAGCGUCGUUCCCGGCGGUGGUGCUUUCCAGGUUGCGUGCGCAGCACACCUCCGCAGCGACGCUUUCUCCAAGACUGUCAAGGGCAAGGGCAAAUGGGGUGUCCAGGCGUUUGCCGAUGCUUUGCUCAUCAUCCCCAAGACUCUUGCGGCGAACGCUGGUCACGAUAUCCAAGAAUCAUUGGCCAACUUGCAAGACGACCUCGCCGAUGGCAACGCUUUCGGCCUGGAUCUGCAGACCGGUGGCACCAUGGACCCAACAUUGGAGGGUGUCUACGACUCCUUUAGGGUGCUGAGAAACUCUGUUGCGUCAAGUGCCAGCAUUGCAUCAAACCUCUUGUUGUGUGAUGAGAUGCUCAAGGCACGACAGAUGGGUAGACAAGGAGGACCUGGCCCGGGCAUGGAUGGCCCAGAGGAGUAAUUGCGUCUCUUUCAUGUAGCCACGAUACCAGUGUACCUAUAGCUCUGCAACCCCGAGGCGUUACAUGGUAGAUAUGGAUUGAUCAAAAAGGAGAUAGACAGCG